AAAGAAUCUUGAAAUUGCAGAGUUGAAAGCUACAAAUGUAAUCACCUCAUUAUACAGAAAGUGUGUGACAGCACAGUUGUUGAUGUAGAAAGGAAGGAACUUUGAACUAUUAUGUCCACCAUUGAAGAGAAGCUUAAUUCAACAGGUGUGAAUAGUGGGGCACACAAUUUACUUGAAGAAAUGAAAUUGUUGAAGGAAAUGCAGGACCAUUCUGUGUUAAAGAAGCCAAUAAAUUCAGAGCUAUGGCAUGCAUGUGCUGGGCCAUUGGUUACUCUGCCACAGGUGGGAAGCCUUGUUUAUUACUUCCCACAAGGACAUAGUGAACAGGUUGCAGUUUCGACCAACAGAACCGCAACAUCUCAAGUUCCUAACUAUCCGAAUCUACCAUCUCAACUGCUGUGCCAAGUUUUAAAUGCUACGUUACAUGCAGAUAAAGAUACAGAUGAGAUCUAUGCCCAAAUGAGCCUUCGACCUGUGAACUCGGAAAAAGAUGUUCUUCCGAUACCAGACUUUGGGAUGAAGCCAAGUAGACAUCCAACCGAAUUCUUCUGCAAGACAUUGACACCGAGUGAUACAAGUACACAUGGUGGAUUUUCCGUACCUCGUAGAGCAGCAGAAAAACUCUUUCCACAAUUGGAUUUUUCAAUGCAACCUCCCACUCAAGAGCUUUUUGUUCGGGAUUUACAUGAUAACACAUGGACAUUCCGUCACAUAUACCGCGGGCAGCCAAAACGGCACCUACUGACUACGGGCUGGAGUAUGUUCGUUGGUGCAAAAAGGCUAAAAGCAGGUGAUGCUGUUCUAUUUAUCAGGGAUGAGAAGUCACAAUUAUUGCUGGGAGUACGACGAGCUAAUCGUCAACAAACGUCUUUGCCAUCUUCGGUUUUAUCUGCGGAUAGUAUGCACAUUGGAGUCCUUGCUGCUGCCGCUCAUGCUGCGGCCAAUCGAAGUCCCUUCACGAUAUUCUACAAUCCAAGGGCAUGUCCUUCGGAAUUCGUUAUUCCAUUGGCGAGAUAUCGGAAGUCUAUUUAUGGGACACAACUUUCCGUAGGCAUGCGUUUUGGAAUGAUGUUUGAAACCGAGGAAUCUGGAAAACGCAGAUAUAUGGGCACAAUUGUCGGUAUAAGUGACGUGGAUCCAUUAAGAUGGCCUGGCUCCAAGUGGCAUAACCUCCAGGUGGAGUGGGACGAGCCAGGGUGUGGUGAUAAGCAAAGUAGAGUGAGUCCAUGGGAUAUCGAGGCCCCCGAAAGUCUCUUCAUCUUCCCUUCUCUUACUUCAAGUCUUAAACGGCCGUUUAAUUCUGCUUUUCUAGGAGCACAACCUGAAUGGGACAAUAUGGUAAACCGGCCAUUCAUGCGGGCCCCGGAAGCCUUGAAUGGAAACUUUUCGAACCCUUCAAUGUCCAGCUUAUGGUCGGAACAACUGAUCAAGAUGUUAAUAAAACCUCAAAAUGGUAAUAAUAUGGCGCCCAGUUCACCUAUUGUUCAAGAACCUUUUCUUGGUAACAGGACCCAGUUACAAGUUGAAAACCGCCCCCAAUUUCAACUUAUUCAACCAAACACCACCACAGCCGCCACCGCCACCGUCACCACCACCAACACCACAAGCACGAACACUGUCGUGAUGUCAAACACCCAACCGCAAUCCAAUUCAAAUCUUCAUGGAAACCAACAUCAGCAACAGUUGGAAACAGUUAAAUCCGAAUCAAAGCCAACAGACAACCAUCAUAGUCUUGUACACGAGCUACCGUUUCUUAAUCAGUUGUCGCCGUUUGAUUCAACUAUACUUCAAUCUCAACAAUUUGAUUCACCCCAGAUCGAUUCCACAAGUCUUAAUGGGUUAUUUCACUACCCAGACACCAACAUAUUGAGCCCGUAUCCAUCUCUCGGGCAGGAAACAUGGGACCAGCAGACAAAUAAUAACUCCAAAUCUCUGUUCCAAUCAAACACGUGUCCCUCAAACAUGUACGGUUUCAAAGACUUGUCAGAUGAGAGUCAACACAACAAUAACAACCCCCAAAGUGGAAAUGUAUACAGUUGUCUUAACUUUGAAGGUAGUAAUGGAGGUAGUGCAGUUGUUGAUCCUUCAGUUUCGAGUACAGUAUUGGACGAUUUUUGUAACUUGAAAGAUAUAGAGUUCCAAAAUCCAUCAAAUUAUUUAGUGAGUAAUAAUUUUAGCUCAAGCCAAGAUGUUCAGUCGCAAAUCACUUCGGCUAGUCUUGUUGACUCUCAAGCUUAUUCUAUGCAAGAAAUACCCGAUAACUCAGGUGGGGCAUCUUCAAGCAACGGUGAAUUUGAUGAUAGUGGACUUUUGCAGAACAGCUCGUGGCAACAAGUUACUGCUCCUCCCCGUGUACGAACCUAUACAAAGAUUCAAAAGGCGGGGUCAGUGGGGAGGUCUAUUGAUGUUUCAAGUUUCAAGAACUACGAUGAGCUUUGUAGCGAAAUUGAAAAGAUGUUUGGACUCGAAGGAUUGCUUAAUGAUUCUAGAGGAUCCGGCUGGAAGUUGGUGUAUGUAGAUUUCGAGAAUGAUGUUCUUCUUGUUGGAGAUGAUCCUUGGGAGGAAUUCGUUGGUUGUGUGCGAUGUAUAAGGAUUCUAUCGCCUUCUGAAGUUCAGCAGAUGGGUGAAGAAGGAAUGCAGCUUCUCAACAGCAACGCCGCACUACAGGCUGAGAUAAACGGUGGCCCCACACCAGACAACGGGGCUCGCACGUGGGUCAACGCCACAUAAUUCAACUCGUCCCUAACUACUAUGAACGAGAUGCACGUAGUGACUAGAUCUGUUUGAUUGCUGUUUGUAGAGUAAGAAGUUAGUAAAAAACCAACCAAUUGUAGUUUUAUGAGAUGUUAUGAAAUGCCAACAAUUGAAAUGCUA